GACUUCCAGUGCAAUUAGUGCAAUUGAUGGAUCCUUCCAGGGCUGUGUUUGCAGCGGCCCCCCGUUCCGCCCAGUUGCGCUUGUGGUCGGCCGAAACCCCGAUUUUUUUUUUCUGCUCAUAUUUCAUUUCAUCCUGCUCUGAAGUCAGUUUUUAUCUCAUAAUCAAUUCUUCCAGCCGAGUUUCUUUUUCUACGAGUGCACAAUCCCUUCGACAUCGCUGUCAUCUUGCUUUCACCCAGAAACUCUUGUCUUGCAGCCUUGAGGCGUUCCGUGUCUCGCGCUCCCAAGCACCACCACUGCCUCAACCACUCACCGAAUCGACCCCCCACGACCACCCCUCUGGGAAUCCCGUGAACCGAGACCAAGUCGCACCGGACGCAACCGGGCUCAGCGCCGCCUCUGCCAACAAUUUGCAUCGCAGCGCCCUUCUAGCUACAUCAAUAGACUCGGACCCGGUGGUUAGUUUGCACGCUAUCAAAGAAGGUUUUUUUGUCCUCGCCGAUUCGAGUCGAAAAAGAAGCCGACGAAAGCACACACUGCGCCAUACGCACUGCGAGGAUUCUUUUGAGCAGCGCAUCCUUGUUUCAAACAACGCUAGCACCUCAGUGAAUUCCCAGCAGCGACCAUCCUCUGCUUUUGUCUCUCACCUUGUCGCGACCGGCUUUUCGCAUCGUCAGGGAAAUUUCAUAACCUGAGCUCGGCCUCCAUCACGCCCUACUGUACUGUCUGCUUAAUCAUCGCAGCGACGUCUAUUCUUCUAAGCGACCCUUGCGGAGCCUGUAGGCAUCUCCCCAUCGCGCAGCACCUGCCCUACAAUGGCCUCUACUACCUGGGAUGGCCAGGACCAGCACAUGGCCUCCACCCAUGAUGAUGAGUUCAACCAGUUCCUCGACAUGAGCGGCAUGAACAACAUGCCCGACAACAUGCAGUUCGACUUCCAAAACUUCCAGAGCAGCAAUCAGGCCAGCGACGCCAUCAUGGGAAACUCACAAGUAUCCAACAUGAUCGCCCGCACCGACAGCAUGGUUCAACAGAACCCAGUCGCGGUUGCAAUGACGACGGCACAGACACACCAGGGCAUGACGGCUACGCAUAUUAUGAAUCCUGCGGCACCAGGUGAAGCCAUCUCCAACAUUGACGCGCAGAUCCAGUAUCUGCAGCAGCAGAAAUUCCAACAGCAGCAGCGACAGAUCCAUGAGCAGCAACAGGCCGCCUUCUUCAGUAACUCGAACUCUGUCCCUCCCACUCCACAGAGCCUCGAGAUGGCAGCCGGUAAUGCGCAGUUUUACUCACCUGUCGAGCAGCGCAAUCGUAAUGGGUACGACAGAGGCUAUCAUCGUAACGGUGAGCAAAACGAUAUGGCUUUCACGCCGCUCGUUUCUCCUGCUGUAACACCGUUGGAUCCCCAUUUCAACAUGGACAAUGCGUUCACUGUUCCGGGGUCGUACUUUAGUCCACUCACGUCUCCAGCCCUGGUCCCUCAGCAUGACGGUAUGGCUGGUUAUGAUGCCGGAACGAACUCGCAUAACUCGCCGGUUGAUAUGGAACUGGAGGGUCCAGUCCUCGGAGGUUCUCUUCAAAAUACGCAAGAUUUGGCGAAGAAAGCGCGCAAGAACAACGCUGCCAAGGCCAGAUCGAAAACCAAUGUCAAAAAUUCACCCAUCGCCAAGCCUAUGCGCAAAAAGACAGGCCCCAGUCCUGCUAUUGUGUCACAAAUAUUAAGCGAGGCAGAUGAGCGCAACAUGAAGAUGGACAUCGGCGCUUCCCUGCCACUUCCUGCCAACUCCACUGAGGGGUCUGAAGACGCAUCUGUGUCGCCCGAAAACCUCAGUGAUAUGCCACCGCCCCCAGUCCCGGCUCGUAGAUCCAACAGCAAAUCGCCUUACAUUGCGGCACAGAGUGGAUCAGGUUCUGCGCCGCCAAUGAUGCUCGGUGAUGACAGACAACCUCACCCGGCCACACCUGCGUCGCUCAUGAAGCUACCAGCUUCAAAGGGCAAACAGCCCAUUGCAAACCAGAUGGAGACUGACACCGCCACUGAACAUAUAGAAUCUCUUGAGUUGCCUGAAUCGGUCUCCAACAAACCUCUUGCGCCCCUCAACACUCGUAUUCUUCCUCAAUCGCCCAGCAUCGAACAUUCCGCUUCGAUGGGCUCGAUGCACGCUCAACUGGCUUCUCCUGGCCUCCGCACACCUGGUACACACUCUGCUAAUCAAAGUCCUUCACUGGGGCCGCGAUCUACUGGACCCCAGGCUCGCCGAACCCCCCAACUUCUAGCCCGCAACAACAGGAAACGAUCCAGCUCGGUCCAGGUUUCUCCGGCUUUGUUGCCCAGAAUUUCGCCAAAUAUCAAGCCUCUCAUACCUGGAACACCCGGGAUGUCUGCCGAAGAUACCUCGCGUCUACUCAUGUCAAAAUCCAACUAUCAAAAUAUUCUCGAAGGAAACAACGUUCCUGGCGUUUCCUAUCCCAGCGAGCUGUCCACCAACUUGACCUCGAAACGGACCUCUCACAAGAUUGCAGAGCAAGGUCGUAGAAAUCGUAUCAACUCGGCGCUUCAAAUUAUGGCUGGCCUCCUUCCUGACAAACAGUCUGUCGGAUCUGGCGACGACGGAGGUGACGACAAGAAGGAUGCCAAACAAGCCAAUGCGCAGAGCAGCAAGGCGAGUGUCGUCGAGAACGCAAUCGUGCAUAUGAAGAAUCUACAAGAAGAAAACAGCUCAUUGAAGAAAGAGCUGCAAGAGCUCAAGGAGAAGCUUGAAGGCCUGGCUGGGGCAUCCACUUCGUGAACGCAAGUAAUGGAGGGCAUGGAGAGACUGUUUCCCUGUUGGCGUAAUUCAGGUCGGGCUGUUUUUUGGGAUUUGAGCUAGGUUUGUGUCUACGGCGUUGUAUGAAUUGGUGUUUCUUUCUUCUCAACAUGUACUGAACAAUGUUGUAUGUUUUUUCUUUCUGGAUUUUCUGGUAGGCAGAGUAAUAGACGCUGCAUUAUGCAUAUUGGCAGCUUAACGGAGAUAGGUGGAUUGGAAUAAUACCCAGAUGCAACUGAACGCUCACAGUUAGGAGGGUUGCUGGCAAUAAGUUGUGUUCAUGAUCAAGAACGAACAAGAUAAACGUUCACAUAAUUUAAGCUUAAAGAUCCAACGCUUUAUCUAUUUAAGUUUUUUGUCAUAAAAAUCAUGGGACCGUUUUAGUAGGGUUAGUGUGUGCCAGAACAUCCGAGUCCAAGGUCUCCAUAACCUCGACGACAAGUCGCAGACUCUCCAUAAAGGAAUUCACUGCCACACGAAGCAUUCGAUUUGUUGUAGCCUGGUAGUCGACCUUAAGAAUAUGCGCGCCAUCUAGAGAGUCUGUUUCAAGCAAGGCCGGUAUAAGGUCGAAGGACCUGUGAACGAGACCUGAUAGCUCUGGGUCGACGCUAAUCGCGCCUUGCGCAGCCACUGCGAGUCGCUUUGCAGGGAACGGUAUUCUAAGCUCUCUGUAUACAGUGUUAGAAGGAGGUUUAUCCGCAACUAUUGUCUAUAAGAAAAGAGUAGGAUGUGGGAGAGGCUUGUCCAUGUUUGUUUAUCGACGUAUGGGAAGUUGCCCAAGGAUGGAAUAUAGAACAAGGUAGCAGUGUAGUAGUGAAGGGUUUGUAUAGCACGUGCAGGAGUGACGGGAAACAGCAAUGACACGGCAUUCAUUAUUUACGUCACUAAAGGGCCCAUGCCACCGUCGCAGGUGAUUGGUUGGCAGUAUGUCCAUCAGAUGGUGUAUAGGCUUACAUUGAGCAAGGGAAAUCCUGUGGGCCACUCAUUGGGUAGAGGCGAAAAGGCUUGUGAAACACCAACAAUCUAGAAGGGCCUUGGGGUAGCUGCUAAGGGUUGUCAGGUAAAAAGGUUGCGCCUAAGUCGGUGGCAGGUAGAGGAAAAGAUAAUAGAAUGCGCAGGGUAAUACAACGAGGGGACGGAGCGCGACUGGAAUGUUGAACAGAGUACCGCUGUGAUGCCCUGGGUUUUUCUCUCGCCGUUUUGGGAGGAGGGGCUGAAUAGUGUGGCUAAUGCUGAGCUUGAACUGCUCGGCGUGGCG